AUGAGGCCGAUGAGUGUUUUUCUUCUGAGUUUGUUAGCUCUGUACUGCUUCCUGGGAGCCGAAGGAAAAACUGAGUUUCUGCCAGGACAAAAAAACGCAACCAGUAAACCCAAAUGGGUAUCCCAUAAACCAUUUGGUGAUACAACCAUAAGUGAAGUGUGUUCCAAUGGAAAAUGCUGCCCUCCGAGUUUGCGUUGCUGUUACACCCAUGAUUACUGCUGCAAAAUAAUGUCGUAAGUAUGUCUGGUAAAAUCUACCAACAAUCAUAUCUAUCAAAGUGUUUUUUUUCAGUUUUUAGAAAGAAAAAAAAAACCCAACACUUGAAUAAACAAGAAAUCUCAAUAUCCUGGCAAUAUUGGCUGAUGAUACUGACAUAUCAUCCAACUCAGAAACCUAAAACAGCAUCUAUAAACCUAGAAAGGCCCAUUUCCCUUAUUGGACAUUGGUGUAAUAAUUGAGGGAACGAAGGGUACCCAUUACCCUCAAGGUCGAUAGCACCUGUAUUUACCUUUCCUCACCCAUCCCAGGAUAUUUUGUUGCUUUUCUCUUCUUAAAAACAGUAGAAUUUAAAAAUUCUUAGAUACAAUUACACCCUUUCUUUUGUACUUCCACUUAUCUUUUCAUUUAAAAGUAUUCAUUUCGAAAAAUCAUUACUCCAUCAAAAUAUACCUGCCUCAAAAAUUCGAAAUGUGAC